GGUGGAAACUAACACUCGUCUUAUGUUCCGUGUUUCCACUUUUGACUAUCUCUGUCGGUAUUAUGGGUAAACUACUUGCAGCUGCAUCCAAAGAGGGGCAAGAUGCUUAUGCGGCGGCCGGUUCAAUAGCGGAACAAGUUAUCUCCGGCAUUCGUACUGUAACAGCAUUUAAUGGUCAAGAACGCGAACUACAGAGAUACGUCGGAAAAUUACAACUCGCAUAUCUCAUAGGUCACAAGAAGGCAUCUGUUCACGCUGUGAGCAUGGGAUUUGUGUUAUUCGUCAUUUAUUGUGCUUUUGGAUUGGCAUUCUGGUACGGUAGCAUAUUGAUUGUGGAUGGUCAGGCUAAUGGUGGAGAA